AUGGCAUACAAUUGGCGGACAACAAACAACAAUCCAAUUAAACAAAAACAACGACAACUACCAGUAUUUGGACAAUGGUUUCAAACUAAACCUAACAAAUCUAUACUAUCGUUGUUGACAAUACCGACAACCAGAUCGGCCUAUACUAUGAAUAUUGUAGACAUUAAGCAACGGUUUAAUCUAACAAUCGUUAAAAUUGGUGUCCAAUCCUAUAUAGACAAUACUAGUGUAGUAACAGUUGGUACAGGAUUUCGUAUAAUAAGUACAUCCAGUAGUCAUCCAAUGAUGAUAAUAGUAACCAAUGCACAUGUAGUCAAAGGUCGUCACCGAGUGAUGGUCGAAGUCUAUAUCAAUGAUCGACUAAUUCAAUUGCCGGCAUCGGUAGUCUAUGUUGAACAGCACAGGGAUCUGGCAUUGGUUAGACUUAUACGCCAAAACAACGAUAACUUUCAGCCCCAGCCGAUAGUUGGGGCGGAGGCGGCGGCGACGGCAGCCGAUGACGAUCUUAUCGGACAACCAGUAGCAUCGGUUGGCCAUACAUCGGUUCGCGGCGGCCGAUCGUGUCAAUCGGGUUAUGUGAGGGCAUCGGGUGUCCAGAUUAGACAAAUUCACGAUCCGUCGACAGUUAGUCUAAUAUUUACCGGACCCGAUCAGCCAGUGUUGGUACACUCGGCUCCUGUAUUGCCCGGCUAUUCGGGCGGUGCACUGGUCAAUAGCGAUGCCCAUGUUAUAGGCGUCCAGUCAUCGGCUAAUCUUUGCGAAAACAUCAACUACGCCGUCCCUAACACCCGAUUAUUAGAGUUUAUCGCCAGAGGCAUAGCCUAUCAUAGCCGCGAAUCGGAUAGACUGAGACAACAUUUUAGAAAACUAUAUGAAUUGGACAGUCAGGCGGUGGCGGUGGUCGACGGCAGCGGCAAAAAACGACUACUGGGUUUAGUAGUUAGCAGACAACCAUUUACGGGCAGUUUUUCAGUCAAGUCGGCACUACCGACGGUGGCCUCAAUCGAUGCAAAUGGUAUAAUAGGUACACAUAUUUGGCAAAUUAACAAUCAGGUGAUCAACAAUAUCGAUGACAUCCGAUCGGCUAUCGAUGAUAAUCCUAUUAUCCGAUUAUCAUUGAGUGUAUUAUGUAUACCAUCGCCAGUAACAGCACUGUUGGCUAUGGCAUACACUAAUAAUAGGCCGUCCAUAAGUCAAUGGUUACCACAACAACUGGCCAAUGACCGAAACUGUAGGUCAGCCUAUCGGCAGCCACGGUAUUGUCUACGAUUGGCUUUUAUGGACAGUAGUGUAAGGAACGGUGGUGACGACAUCAUCGAUUUGAUUGACAUGAAAAACAAGUGCAUCCGAUCCGUAUGUCUGGUUAUUAGACCUGAAUUAGACGAUUAUUUAGUCGAUAGUGGCAAAGGAACGGGUGUUUUCGUACUAAACAAUUGUCUACUAUUGACAUGUUUUCAUUUGGUUAAACAGUCGCCAACCGUAUGGAUCAAGUAUGUUAAACAAUAUAAUAGGGAACGGGUAGUUACAACAUGGCGUGCAGAACCGGCCCAGGUUGUCUAUGUUGAACCGCACUGGGAUCUGGCAUUGGUUAGACUGUGGGAACCGCCAACGUUUGUCGGCGAUACUAUGACCACAAUGAAAUUGUUGUAUACAACUACCAGUGCCGCCGCCACCACCGAUAGUAUCGGAUUUGGCGCCCCGGUAUGUACAAUCGGCCACGGUAAUAGUAUAAUGUUUGCCAUACAUCCGGGUAUGGUUAGGACACCCCAAUUGUUAACCCAUCAGCUACUGAACGGUUACAAUGUUAGUACCAUUGCCUUCGAUGAGGAACUACCGUCAGUGAUGCACAGUUCGAUAAUAUUGCCCGGUUUUUCUGGUAGUCCACUAAUCGAUACGGCUGGCCGACUGUGCGGUAUUGAUUGGGGCGGUAUUACCGUCGAUCGGAAAUCCUAUGCAAGCGAUUAUCAAAUAUUGAAUGAGUUUAUCAAUAGGUCUUUGGCUUACGAAUCAAGUGGUAGUAAACAAAGUCGACUAAAAAAACUGUUUCCAAUAGUAUCGGGAAAACAGUUGGCUAUUGUUUUGUCGGCUAAACCUACCGGUGAUUUACCGGCGAUGAUGUUGUUAACUGUUGAGGCAGUGCUUACCAAUGAAACCAAUGAACUACCAUCUAUAGUGAAAACACGUAUAGUGUCUAUCAAUGGACAGUUGGUUAACGAUAUCCGUGAUUUGAUAGCAAUAGUUUCACAGUCACAGCAGCCAACCGUUGAACUGACUGUUAGGGACGACAAUCUGAACGAUAGGACAGUUAGAUUAAAUACUUUGGACAGGGAUUCGGCAUUUAUUUUCUAA